AUGUUAUCAUAGAAGGAAUAUUAAAGAUUUACUCAAACUCAGCUAUCUGAAGAUCAAUAAAAUUUAGAUACUAGUGCGUAUUUUGAAUCACCAUUAUGCAGCAAUAAUCGAUAGAAGAGGUUCACUUUUACUAUUGAAAACUCUGUUUUGAAGUCUUAAAUUGACAAUCAACCAAAAUCUUAAUCCUAAAAUAAAUAUUCUCUACCUACCCACGGGAACAUCUAACUUCCCUUAAAAAAAUCUUACAUACUCCAAGGAGCACUCUCAAAUCGAAUACUUAGAAUGAAAUAAAAAAAUAAACUAUAAAAGAGUCAAAGCCAAAUUUAAGCCAUGUAGUUUCCGAAGUUUAAUAAUAAGAUUCGAAGACGAAGUGGUUGUGAACUCCUUAGUGACAAAUAAGUUAGACUAGCCACUCUGUAUCCAAUUACUUAUAUUGCCUUUCAUUAAUAAUAGAAGGAAACUAAAAGAAAUGAAAUGAGAAAGAAAACUAUCUUUAAAAGAAUGUCAAGUAUUUUAAUCAAACAUUCAAAUAAUUUAAAAUCUCAAUCUAAUUUAGGAAUUUCUUAAUAGAAAAUUAUGGAUGAGAUUCAUACCAAAUUGGAUGAGAAAUCAUCCCAUAUUAUUCUUAAUUAAUUUUAAAAAUAAAUUGGAUGCUUAAAAGAAUCUUAGGACUUGUUAGAAAAUAUGGAGAAUUCUGAAAAACUCUUGCUUUUAUAAGAAGAACUUAAAAGAUAUUCUUAAUCUUUAAAUAAUUCACCAAUUAUUAAAAGGAAUUCUAAGAAAUAAUCAAAUGAGAGAUUUUUUGAUUCUUAAAAAGUCGUCCUAGAUAUAAGUAAGAAAUAACGCAAAACCUUUACUUCUGUUCAAAAUUACAUAAGUGAACGUUCACAAUCUAAUCAAACUAAAUCUGUUGGUGUAAUCUAGAAAUAAAUUCACUUUAAAUAUCAAAAUUUGUAAAGUCUAACAGAAACAGAUACUUCUUCCCCAGUCAAAAUAAAAACCACAUAAACUGCUCGUCAUUUUACGCAUAUCAAAUCUCUAUCAAAUCUCCCGGAUAUAAAGGAAGUAUAAACUUAAAGAAUAAAUAGUAAUAGAAUCUAAAAAAUAGCUGAAAAAGUCAAAAAUGUAUACAUAUUUAGUCCUAGCAAAAAUAAAUAAUUUUUAGAUAAAAUAAAAAUGUGA